UGGCCGUACUCGCCUGGAAAGGGGUGAUAUCGUGCGGCGGCCCGUGGAUGGCUUCCAUUCCUGGUGAUCAGUGCAAUAUCUCACACAUCUUGGCCAGAAUGGAGGUCGAUCCGGAUGAAGAGCCUCGCGACGAGACGCACACUUCCAUAUACGACGGUUACCCGCCCGAUUUCGGAUACUUUAACAUGGCCCACGGGAUGUUAGUGGAGAUCUCCGAGGAGAUCCGUGCUUUGUUUCCGCAGGAACCGCGUCUGCGGUUCUGCCAGCUGAACAACCUUUACUUGGCAGCUCGCAAUGGCCAGAUGUUAAGUUUCGUCGAGAUUCUGAACACCGUUAGCUGCAGGGCGGUGCAAACACACCUGGUUAAUACAAAUUUCGAUCAGCCAGAUGGACAAUCGCUGACCCCGCUCACAAUGGCCGCUAUGUCGGGCAAUGUGAAAUUCGUCAAGACCCUGCUAUCACACUACGACGUGGACUUGGAGCGGGAGUGCAAUGUCAUCUUCGACGGAAUGGUGGUCUACGGAGCCACCGCCCUCUGGGUGGCUGCCGGAAUGGGGCACCUGCAGAUUGUCAAGAUGCUCGUCCAGGCGGGGGCGGAUAUCAAUCACAAUACCAAGGCGCAGUCGUCGCCGCUGAGAGCUGCCUGCUAUGAGGGUCGAUUGGACAUCGUUGAAUUCCUUAUUGAUAAUGGAGCAGACGUAAAUGCCACGAAUUUGUUUAACAACAAUACGCUUAUGAUUGCCGCCUACAAGGGUCACCACUUAGUGGUGCACACUUUACUUCAGAACGGAUCGAGGGCUAAUGAUCAGGCCUUGUGUGGAGCCACUGCCUUGCACUAUGCGGCGGAGAGCGGCCAUCUGGAUGUGGUGGUGGCCCUGCUGGAUCAUGGAGCAACUCUUAAAAAGAAUGAGCUGGGCAUCACACCAGCCUUACAGGCUGCCGAACGUCUCCACGAGGAUGUUCUCGAGGCGUUCAUCCAGCGACCGGAACUGAUGAGCUUAGAGGAGCAGAUCACAGCCUUGGAACUCCUCGGAGCCACCUAUGCAAACGAUAAAACCAAGUACGAUAUAAAUAAGGCGUACAGCUAUCUGCUGAGAGCCAUGGAGCUGCGAUACAUCAAUCCUCGUGGUGUGGUUCGCAAGAAAGUUCAGCCCACAGUGCCCGCCUACGACAAUUGGUUUGAGACUGAAAAUCUGCCCGAAUUGUAUGCCAUCAAACUGAACCAUCACUCCAUCCACAUGGAGUCGCUGGCCAUUAGGGAACGCAUACUGGGCCGCAAUAAUCCGGAGUUGCCUCAGGCAAUCAUCUAUCGAGGGGCUGUGAUGGCUGAUCAGGGCCGAUUCUACCAGUGCCAGGUGCUUUGGAACUACGCCAUAGAUCUACGAAUGCGCAAUAAUGUUUCUGUGGAUCGCGAUCUCUUACGUUUUGCCCAGCUCUUCGCUCAGAUUCUUCGGGUAGAGAACCACAACCUUACAUUAGAUCACGUUCUUCCUGUCUUGGCAAAGUGCCAGCAGGAGAUCGAAAAAAACAAGUUUAAAAUAAAGGAAGCCAAGCCCAAUACUUGCCCUAGUAUGUGGCAGGACCAGAACAAUCAGAACUGCAUUACGGCGCUUUAUCUGAUCAAGAUCGUUACCCACCUGGCGCGACGCAAGAAGGACCAGGACAUCAACGAGGAGCACAUCCAGGAGCUAUUCCUAGUGGUUCGCAAAUUCAUACAGAACGACACUCGCCUGCAGGAUGGGCAGACAUUGUUGCACAUCGCCGUUAAUGGAGUGAUGCCGGUGGAUGAGUUCUACACAAAUGAAAUGUGCAGGUUUCCCUGCUAUGCCACUGCUCUGGUUCUGGUGCACUGUGGCGCUUCUGUCGAAGCCGUAGAUACGGCUCGGAACACUCCACUUCACAUAUUGGUAACCAAAGUUAACACCGCUCAGGAUCGUCAGGCGGAGAUGGCGCGUAUUCUGCAGCUGUUCGUGGAGGCGGGCGCCCAUUUGGACGCGGUGAAUGCGGCUGGACAGACAGCGGCCACAGCCUGCAAGCAGCCUGUCUUGGCCAAUCGGCUGCAUGGCCAUCAGAAUGCACACACCAGCCUGAAGUGUCUAGCUGCCCGAACAAUCGCCACCAACCGGCUGAACUUCAAGGGUCUGAUACCCACGCAACUGGAGGCCUUCAUCCAAAUGCACAGCGUGCACAAGGUGCUCCCGUAGAUUGCCAAAGGCAUAAGCCGCAACUGAAGUAAUUAGAACUGUGAAUACACUGAGCCACGUUGGAACACAUUUAUGUACGAGAUAAAUCGAAUUUAGCGACUUAAUUUAGCCAAAAGAAUGCAAAGGGAAACGUUUUAUUUUUUUACACAUUUUAUUUAGUAUUUUUCACUCUUAAUUUAUUUACAAUUACAAUCUGUAACAACUGCACACGUGGACUGACUGUUUGUUUGUAAUCAUUAAUCGUAAUCAUAACUAUUAAUCAUACAUUUUGUACAUUUUUUUAUGUAAAACUACUAUUAUUCGCAGUGCAAGAGGCGCAGGCCACCUAAGUUGAAUCAAUCGAAUUGAUUAUGUUUUUUAGGUGCAAGUGAAAUAAAGAACCAACCAAAUUAUGUAAAUCACA